GUCGAUCAAACAGAACAGAAAAAAGGGUAAGCUAAACUGAGCCGUUUCAGUCGGCACUCCGUCGUAGCGCAGAAAAAUCUGAAAUCAUCUGAUUUUAUACAACAUUUAACCUGAAUCGUUUUACUCAGUUUACACCAGGAGAUAUUCGCUAACUCAAACUCGGUGAGAUUUAGCGGCACAAUACAAAGAGAGACGAAAAACUACGUAUUUGCCUACACCCCGGAAUCGCUGCUGCGGUUCGACCUAGCUAACGUUAGCUAGCAUUAGUAGAACAGACCGGGGCCCGAGUCAUUUUCUUUCCCAGACAAGAGGGAAUUUAAGGUUUUUAUUUUAGAUUUUUAGAACAUAUUUCAGCGCAAUGGCUUGCGGAGCUACUCUGAAAAGGACUCUGGACUUUGAUCCGCUCAUGAGCCCGGCUUCUCCGAAAAGGAGGAGGUGCGCUGCGAUCAUGUCUCCGGUGUCUUCACCACAGAAGUAUCUGCGUAUGGAGCCCUCACCUUUCGGGGAAGUGUCGUCCAAACUCACCACAGAGCAAAUUCUACACAACAUCAAACAAGAGUACAAGCGGCUGCAGAAACGACGACACCUGGACAGCGCUUUCCAGCAGGCAGAUGGCUGCUGUCCUCUGGACCUGCAGAACAUUCCCAGUGGAUCUGUCUUACCAGGUACGUCCUCAGGUGCCUCAUCUCCCACCAGGAAGGAGCAGCCUUUAUUUUCCCUCAGGCAGGUUGGAAUGAUCUGUGAAAGACUACUGAAAGAGAGAGAGGAAAAAAUUCGUGAGGAGUAUGAUGAGAUACUGACAACAAAGCUUGCAGAGCAAUAUGACGCGUUUGUCAAGUUCACACAUGACCAGCUGAUGCGAAGGUUUGGUGAACAACCUGCUAGCUAUGUUUCCUGAGUAUCAGCAACGGAUAUUGGGGAAUACUGUUUGCUGCAAGCUACUCCAGGGACCGAGUGGGUCUAGUUGGACUUUUCUCCUAGCUGUGCCAUAUCGCCUCUAUGUGGACUUAAUUGCCUCAGGCAACAGUUAGUGGCAUCCACGUUUGCUGUGUCUGCCAGAGUUAGGAGGGCUUCCUGCUGCCAACAUGUCCAAGGACUUUCUGUGACUCUACCAGUGGCCUCUUAACUGCCGUGUCAAUAUUUAUUUGGCUUUGUUCUGAUGCCUUCAUAAAAGGCUGACUGCCACGACACACUUGGCCUUUUUGAUUUGAUUUUAUUUUUCUGUCAGAUUUUGUUAUUUCACAGAAAGGAUGUUAGUUUUGCAGCUCAAUAUGUACAUUUGAAAAAGGGAUUGGACAUCAAAGAGUGGACAAACAAAGGCCACUUUCAGACUGGACUCCAGAAACAGGCAUCUUGUUUUUUUUUAUAUAUUGUUUUAAACUGUACUGGUGAUUACUGCUAUUACAUUUGUAUACACUGUACUUUUUUAUUUUUUGCUUGACUUUUGUUCAUUGUACUAAAAUUUCAUGAUUUUAUUUGCUGUAGGUAUAACGGGGCUUUGAUUCAAGAAAAGUGAACAAAUAAAGUGUUUACACAAA